AUGGAAGACCCAAACAAAAAUAAAAUACCACCACCAAAAGUGCAGGAGAAGGCAAGCCAGCUUGCAAGUGGUAACGAGAGCCAAGGUGGCACUCGGACCCGUGGGGAGGCGCUGGUCCCGUCCAGCAAGUCCCUUGCAAGGGCACAGGGAAGGAAGGAGUCGGAUUCUGAGUCCGACUCAUCAUUGUCUGGCGUCAGCAUUGCGCUGCGCCACAAAAAAGACCGGGGCGUUUUCAAACGUCCCAGGCUGGAGGAUGGCCGAGAGGCGACCUCCAUCGAGCAGGAGGCCCCAGCCCCCAAAAUCCCCACGGCUGCGCGGGGUAGGAGCAAGGGGAAGGGCUCCACAAGAGCGGCUGGGAGCCGCUCUGAGCCGGCAGAGCGGCUGGCAGCGGAGGGGAGCGCCCUGGGAAAGGCUGCCCCCUCGGACUCCUCGGAGAUGGAGGUGUCCGGAGAUGUUGGCAAUCCAUUGACAGUUUACGUUCGAAGUGAAGUUGUGUAUUGUGAAUUUGUGAGGCAAUGGAGUGAAAAGAAGGCGAUGACGGCGAGGGAGGUGGAGUUGACAGGCGGCGCGCCGUGGGGCUUCCGCAUGCACGGCGGCACCGAUCAAAACCAACCACUCAGAAUCUCAAGGCGUUACAGCGAUACAGUUCAGCGCAACCUUGAUGUCGGCAAGCAAGCAGACGGAUUACCCGAUGAUAGUUUCACCUCUGAGCUUCAGAGUCCCCUCUACUCUACAGGGUGUAGCUACAGUCUACAGGAUGUCACUAAAGAGUCAAAGGCAAGGCUUAUACUGUUCUUUGAUUAUAAAAAGACUGAAAAAAUUCGCGUGGUUUAUCGCAACACGCAUAAAACGCAGCGACGAAGGGUGAACCCAGGACGGAAAGCCUCGCUGAGUGGCAUUCGAGAGGGCGAUAUCAUCUCAUCGAUCAAUGGCCGGCCUACAAAGAGUAUGAGCAACGCUGAUGCUCACGCCAUGCUCAGAUCAGCUGGGCCUGUACUCCGACUUGGAUUGAAUGAAGACAGGGAGGUGUCACCAAGAAGAAGAUCAAUUGGCAAAGGAUCCGAGUUGAAAAGGCCUUCGCAACUGAUAGCUGAAGUGCAAGGCGGCAGAGCAACUCCCCAGGCUCCCGUAUAUGCUACCAUCCGACCAUCACAAUCGCCGCAAAAUCGACCGUCGCCUUCGUCUAUACGGGCUUCGUUAAAUUCUCUCCCAGCGGCGCUUAACUCAACCUCACUUGUUAAGUCAGUGGUACAAAACGAAGAACCUCUUAGAUUCCAUCCAACGAAUCCAUUUUUUACGACUUUACCCUCGAAUUAUUCAAGUUCUUCUAAACUACCCGUACCCAACGGCAGGGCGUCAAUCUCCAGCUUAGAUAGAAAUACAUGUAAAGAAAAUGCGUCAAACAAUGACUUCGGUUCAGAUUUAAAAUCUCCCACAUUUUUUGCGCAAACUUACGACUCCGGUCCUAGCAGUCUUCCAUAUUCAUAUCACAACGAAAAUACAAAUGGAUAUAAUAGUCAUACAGAAACAAACACUGCCAAUGAAAAAUCUGAUUUUUCGCACAGAAAUCAUGUAGAUCAGGUAGAAAACCAAAGUCUUCCAAAUAACGCACAAAGUAACAAUAAAAAUCCGUUUGAAACGAAAAGAAACAGUGAUCCUUUCGAAAAAUAUUUACGGCCAGAAAGCAAGUUGAAUGGUAAAUGUGAAUAUGAAAGUAAGACUAUGUCGAACUCGAUCAGCGACAGUAAUUUCCAUUCGAAGGAGGAAAUUACAAAACGUUCGACUAUCUCUGAGCACAAGAUAAGCGAAGUUGAAGAAGUGAGGACUAUAAAGAAGAUAGUUCUGAAUGGAUGUGACGAUCAACUGGAUAGUGUGGAACGCAGUUUUAAAAGUGAGUCUCGAUCGGCGAACAAAAGUGCAAUGAAUGGCGCGGAGUCACCGAGCACACAUGGAAAGAGCAUUAGCUUAUCAUCCCAUCAAUCAGUGAGGAAGGAACGCGAGCGAGCCACUCCGAUACAGGAACGGAACGAGUAUUACAGCACAUUUAAUCAAGAUGAAAGGGACUGCAGUUCCACAACUAGGGCGUAUGAGUCAGCGUACGACGCAAACAGAUCAGCAAAUGAGCACGCGGAUUAUCUGACCGCAACACCAGAAUACCAACCUGUCGGCCUUUUGGGGAUUUUGUGA